CUCUAGGGCUCCCGGCAUCCUCCACGGCGCCCUCCCGCCGCCGUUUGAAUCGCGCCAUGGCGGGGGCGGAGGCGGCGCUGGCGGCCGCGGUGGCGGCGAUGCCCGAGCAGUGGCGCUUCUAUCUCGUCCCCACCCGUGCCGCCACCUUCCGCAACUGGCCCUUCACCGAGGGCUGCGCCUGUACGCCCGAGCGGAUGGCGGCGGCGGGGUUCGUGCACUGCCCCAGCGAGAACGGCCCCGACGUGGCGCAGUGCUUCUUCUGCUUCAAGGAGCUGGAGGGCUGGGAGCCCGACGAUGACCCCCUAGAGGAACACAAAAAGCACUCUGCAGGCUGCGCGUUUCUCUCCCUUCAGAAAGUUCCCACUGACUUGACGAUGCAAGAGUUCCUGAAGCUGGACAAGGAACGAAUGAAAAACGCAAUUAAAAAAAUAAUCUCUCAGAAGGUAACUGAUGUUGAAGAUGCGGCCAAGAGCGUGCGCCGUGAAAUAGAGAAUCUGAUCUCCUAGGCUGCUGUAGCGCCUCACUUCCCAUUGACAUCCAUGUCUGGCACUGCCACUUCAACUGAACGGCUGUGUUUCCUGAGACUGCUGUCAGAAUGGCUGUUGCUCUGAGAAGCAGCCGGAAUUCUCCUUCACUCACCUGAGUCUGUCCAGGAAGUACUUGGGGUUUAAGGCACUGUGUACAUAACUUGUUUUCUGUUCUUCCUGAUGGUUUAACAAGGUUUACUGCUUGUGGUUUUAUCUGUUCUAUUUUUUUCAAACCCAGCUCUUUCCAUUUUGGUGCUAUUGGUAGCUCCGGUCCAAAAACUUGUGUCUCUUGUAAGAGCUGGCGGGCACUUCCAUUUUUAUACUGAAUGCUUUUGUAUGCUUUUGGAAAUAAAAAGUGGAAGGAGUUUUAAAACUCAGGAUGUUGGCUAAGAACUUCUGAUUAUUCCAAAUCUUAGUGUGCCUGGUAUCCUUGUAAAUUUCUGUUUGCAGUUGGCUGCUGCCCCGUGUUGAUGCAUUUAUAAAUAAAAGUUGAAGGCAAACAGCCAA